AGCAUUGAGGACACAAUGACUGUCAGCAUAGUUUACGAUAACUCAGAGGCCAUGGAGCUGUGUGCAGCUCAGCACCUGUAUCUGAAGCCUAUAGCCAGACUGACCAUCAAUGUGAUGCUGCCCGAAGAUCUCACAUAUACUAGAUCAUUUUCCAACUGGGAGAUACUAGACCAUCUGAAGAAUCUUAUUUGCCCAGAUCAGUUUAGCACUGUUCGACUCUCAAAAAGCACCAAGGACUUCAUUCGGUUUGAGGGCGAGGCAGAGACCAGAAGUCUAGUUCAGAUCCUAAAGGCGAAACUGCAUGGAAAGAUCAUUAGGUUGAACGGCUUGAAGAACGGCUUGAAAGUAGUGGCCACAGAUGCCUGGCCAGACUUCCCAUCCCAGCAAGACUGGGAAUUGGCUUGCAAGAAAAACAAGGCAGAAAGUGAUGAGCUUCUUAACCAAAACUUUAAUGAGAGUCUUGAUUCCAUUUACUUUCAGGGGUUGCCCUGCAAAUGGUUUGCAUCCAAGGGUUCCACUGGGGAAAAACCAUGUGAAGAGAUCCUCAGGGUAGUGUUUGAAAGUUUUGGGAAAAUAAAGAACAUUGACAUUCCCAUGCUUGAUCCUUACCGAGAAGUGAUGGCCAGUGGCACCUUCAAACAUUGUACAUUAGGCAGCCUUCAGACUUUUGAAGCUUUCAUCCAGUAUCAGGAGUAUGCUGAUUUUGUCAAAGCCAUGGAAUCCUUGAGGGGAAUGAAGCUGAUGCUUAAGGGGGAAGAUGGGAAAGCCCUGGCCUGCAACAUAAAGGUUAUGUUUGAUACAACCCAACACUUCAGCGAAGGAGCUAUAAGGAAGAGAAACCAGGAAAGAUUAAAAUUGCAAGAGCUGGAACAGGAGAGAAAAAGAGAAAAGAAGCGAGAAGAGGCAGAAAGGAAACGAAAAGAUGAUGAGAAAAAGCUUCGAGAAAAGAAGAGGAAAAGCAAGCUCAAACGGAAAGAACAGAAGCAGAAACUAAAGGAGGAGAAGCGCCCCAAAAAGAAGGCUAAAACUCAGCAUUUUAAUUCGAAGGAAAGUGGAAAAGUUAACAGUCAGAAGAUGGAGAACCCUAAAACUGAAGAAGUGUACAUUCUGGAAUCUGAGGUGAAGACAAUGAAGAGAGAAAACACAAACCCUCUAAAUUCCCUGUUCCAAGAGACAAAGAAGAGAAUGUUAGAAAAGAAGUCUAUUCCGAAUAUAAAUACUCUAUUCCCCCAAACCACGAAGAGGAAUGAACUCUUUGAAUCUCCUUCCCUUCUAAUGGGGAAAAUGGUUCUAAGUGACCCAAGUGAAGAAGACACCGAUCAUUUAUCUGAAGUAGGCAAGCACAGUUUUGUCACUCCCUCAAACUCUUUACAGAUCACAAUCAAACAAGACCCGAGCCAGGUAAUGCAGUUUGUUAAAACAGAAGAAGAUGAUGAAGAAGAUUGGCGGGUAUGGAAUACAUCCUCUAACCCUAAAGUCUAUAAAGAAAAACGUAACAGAAAAGAGAAAAUCUACGAAACUGAGGAAUUUAUUUACUACCUGUUAAAUUACUACCAACCUUCAGAAUAUGCCCGUUUUUAUGAAGACCCAAAGAAUACCUUAAGCAAAUUUCGGUGGCAAAGAGAGGUCCGUGACAUUGGAACAGAGCUAAAUAUCAAUUUGAACCAGUCAGACAGUAACAGCAUGCAAAAUGGGCAGAAGAUCAGUUGGGCUCCAGAGGAUGAUCAGCAGUGGAAGUUUGCCCAUCAGGAGUCAGGGCCCAGACCAAGAGAGGCUACAGACGCAAGCUGUGCUGAAGGAUUCACGAAGGCACUUAAACGCCGUUGCGUAGAGUCGAGCAGUGAAAUUGAAGAUUUUGCAUUUGAUGUGGAUGAAAAACCAUAUCAGUGGCAGAAUUCCUAUGUUAGCUCCAAUAAAGAUCCCAAGUAUCGGCCUAAGAGAAAGAGUUCUCAAAUCACACUUACUAGCGCUACUUACGAGGUAGCAGACUUUUUAGAAGAGAUCAGCAGUAAUUCUGAUUGCUUUAACGAAACACUGAGUGAAGACAGUGGGCCUCAAAGCCCUUUUCCAAAUACAGACAACUUGGUGAAGGUGAAGGAGAGAUCAGACAAUUAUGAUGAAAUUAUCGCCUUUGACCGAGAAAACAGAUGUAGCCAGUGUGGCAUGUGCCCAAAGUCUAGUGGCUUGUCAAAGCCCUUCAGAUCCAAGCUCAAGAAAAAAGUAGAGAGGUCCAUGAAUGAAUUAAAAUACUCAAGGCCCAAAGAUGAAUUUGCAACCAAUGGUAUUGAGAAAAACGCCCGAAAAAUGAAGGGAAAAUCACUCGUAGGAGACAGUUUUUAUGGAGACCUCCUUGGACCAGAUCACUUCAACUUAUGGCCUAUCAGAAAACCUGAGAAGAAAUUGAUGGAACCCAAGAUGAAAUUUUCAUCUUCACAAAGCAUUACCAUCCCCCUACUCAAGGAUUUUUGUGAGGCUCCAGAUAAUCCUUGGGAGCUGAAAUUUGAUCAAGACAUAGGAGCCUCUAACAGAUGUGUUAAACUGAAAGAAGGAACCUCAAAUUCCAGUAGUUGUCCCACCAGUUGUGACAGUCCGGAUCUUCUUUCCUCUGAAAAUGAUUCCGAAAAGAAAUCUUCAUUCUUUAAACCGAAGAAUUUUUGAGAGCCGCUGGGCUCAGUCACCCAUUUUUUUCAUAAGGGUAAAUGACUUGAGAAGAGAAAAAAAAACACAAAGCAAGAUCUUAGGAAUUCAUCAGCUAGAUGGCAAGAUGUCACUUAAAAGUUUUAGUUGUGACCAGUUUAACCCUUCAUCUAGUAUAGCUCAUUUAUUGUGAUGAAAGCCGAUAUAUUAGUAAGGCUUGGGGAUAGUUCUAAGAUGUACUUGCAGAUCACUGCUAGCUAAGAGUGAGCAGUCCAAUAGUUUAAUUGAACCUUCGAUAGAGUAUCCGACAAAGUGCAAAUAUAACUUUGCAGAGUAGGGAAGUGUCCUUACCACAUUAUUUUUUGUUCUUCUCAAAACAACAGCUGUGAAUUUUGGGGAUCUUUUCCUGUUUUCUUCCAUUUGGUCAAAAAUGAUUUAUGUAUCAAGAAGCGUGAUCAAAAAUGAUUUAUGCAUCAAGAAACGUAAUCUUUGCAUAUGGCAGAGUUCUUAGCCUUUUUUUGUGUCUUGGAGCCAUUUGAUAGCAGUCUGGUGAAACCCAUUAACUUUUUUUUUUUCAUAAUUGAAAAGAAAUGCUAAAUUUCAUUUAGAAAUUAGGGAAAAUCAAGAUGUGAUUUUUUUCCCCCUCCUCCAAGUUCAUGGACUCCGUAAAAUCUAUUUGUGGACCCCAGGUUAAGAACUAGAGCUUAAAAACGUCUGGUACCUUUUUGUGUUUCUUCUUGGCAGAGAAUGGUCAAAUGAAAAAGAGAAAGAGCUAGAAUCACACUUUGAAUUGUGAUUUUGAAAAAAUGAUUUUGAACAUUUUAUGGACAGGUACCGGAAGAGAAUAAACACACAGUCAUCAAUUGACCAUUCCUUUGGGGACAACAUAUGGAAGAAGAAUGUGACAAUUCAUUUCAUUUCCACUUCUUCCAAUUUUUCCUGGGUGCCACCUGCUAAGUGUUCGGACCCAGGGAAGAGAUGACAUGUUCAGAAACAUCUCAAACACAAAAAUAGAGUCUUGGGGGGGGAGUACAUCAGACCAAAGGACUAAGUUCCUAGGGAGGAAGACUAAUGUGCUUGGAGGUUUAAAUGGGACAACAGAGCUCCAAGGACCUGGCAGUAGCAUCUGCUGCUUGCAACAUGUCUUAAUGUGAAGGCAGGUAACAAAAUUGCAUUGAAGUUGGCAACUAAGCAACUGGAUCCUAGAUGACCUGAAUCUGGCUGAAGACUCAGCCAUUCUGAGGUCUAAGGGCAGCUCGAAUGCUGUUUUGAGAAAUUGAGGGGAAGACUCAGAGAAGUGAAAGAGUAAGAAGAGCAAAAUACUUUGUGAGUUUGUAUACUUGUUUUGCUUAGAGUCGAGAAUGAAAUCUGUUUGUAAAAAUCAUUCAGUGUCCCAGGCUUUGCUUUUUAAAGGCCUCCUCAUUUGUUAUCCUGAGGUGUCAUGGAAAAACAUGACCUGGUCUGAGUCCUUGGUGAGGUUUUCUAGAUGGAAACAUGUUAAGAUUUUUUGGAUCUGUAGGCUGAAAAUGGGAACUUUUUUAUUGCAUUACAUGUUUGGUGCUGCUUUAAAGCUGAACCCUUCCCCAGAAUUAUAUAGUUAUGACUUUAAGAAUUUUGCAGCAUAUACAUGAUAUAUUGAAGUUGGGUACUCCAGACAUAGGAGAUAAAAAUAAUUCCUACAAAAUCAUACUUGGCUUAAACAAUUGAAAAUAAAUGGUCAGAGACCAUUUAUUUUACAGAGGCUAGAGACUAGAUCAGAGACAACCUGAAGCAUAAAUGCUAUUUGAUGCUCAGAAGUCAUAGCAAGCCAGGUUUGAAAAAUUUGGCUUUUUUUAAAACAGGCCUGAUUGAAAAUUCUUCUGGAUUUCUAUGAGCACAUUCCUGAAUUUCUAUAUUCUGUCUUGUAUUAUAAUUAUUUCUCUAAAAGUGCUCCCCCUCUAGCCAACGAGAUUGUGUAUAUGUGCUCCCAUCCUAUCCACCCAGUAAGAUUUCUGUGUGCUUUGACCUCCCACCCCAGCCAAUUAGAUUGUGUUCCCGUGUAUAAAAUCCCCCUAGCCAAUUUUGCUGCAUGCUCCCUAAGAGCAAGGUCUGCCUCAUUUCAGUAGCCUCAUGUAUGAAGCCUCAUACGUGGCGGGGGCUUAAGAAAUAUCUGCUAAAUUGGUUAAAUUGAAGCGUACGAGGAUCCCAUCUUUCCCCCUAGUAGCCUGAACUGGUUGAACCCCAAAAUUUGACCGACUCUUGGGCCGGGCCUUCUCUGGGGAUCGACGGGGAGAUGGGUGGUGGAAAUGGAGACGGAUCCUCUUCUCUUGAGCGGCCUGUUUGAUGUCCGGUACCUCAUCCUUCAAAACUACCAAAUACCCCAACUUUUCUGCAUUAAGAACCACAUGGUGGUGGCUUAAAAUAUUUAAAUGUAUAGCUAUGUGACUCAACAAGGACUCAACCGAGAAUAUGUUGUGAUGUACGUACGCGCUUAUCGUGUUGUUGAAUAAGAUUGUGAUGAGAAAAAUGUGCUGCUCUUCGUGUACAAUUUGGCUUUUUGUUGAAUGACUCAGCAAACUGGAUGUGAUCUGUUGUCAAAUUUUCAAAUCCCUCCUGUGUAUCGAGUGCCUUUCCAUGUUCUCCUAGGCUCAGGAAUGACUGCUAACAUUCAGACGGAGUUACUAUUUUUCAUAAUACCUUGGAAAGUUCAUACAGCUUGUCUUUUGUCAAGGGACUUUGUGUGAAUUAGUGUCGAAAACCUACCCUCUUUGGCUUCUGCUUUUAUUUACAAUCUUUUGUACAGUUGCGCUAAAGAGAUUGUAACAGCUACAUUUAUUGUGAUAAUAUGUUGUUUCUUUGGUCAUCUGGUUCAGAGUAUUUUUCUAUACAAAGUUUAUGGGUAUAAAAAGAUUUGCUACUGAAUGCUUCUGAAAUGAAACUUUAAUUGCCAUAGCAAUCAAACAACAAACAUUUUUUAAGCUGGGCCAUGUGCUUCAGAGUAUUGGUGUUAGAUAUACAGACAGAAAUGAAGAGCUUACAUUCUUUCUGAAUGUAGCAUAUGUAUAAAAGGAGUUUAGUCUAGGUGUAGCACAACAAAGGAUAAGAUAAGAUAAAAAUGCUGGACCUGAAAUCUGGAAAGCUUGGGUGGUUCAAAUAUGGCCUCUGCCCCUUACUAGCUGUAUGACCAAGGGCUAGUCACUUAAGUCAACUCUUGAGCCCCCAGAUUGGCGACUCUCUCCUACUUCUCUCAAGUUACGGAGAAGUGAUCUGCUGUGUUGGAGGGCAUUCCAAUGAAACCCCACCCAUGAAGUCCUUGGCUUUUUGCCUAGUGAUUUGAUAUCAUGGAAUUGGUGCUAAGGUAUUCAUUUGUAGCAUUUCCUCCCUCCCCCCCCAUUCUUUUAUACCCCCCCCCCCCAUUUGUAAGCACUUGUGGGGCCCAGACAGAAGUAAAAAUACUGGUUUUGUGUUUGUGUACUUGCUCCAUUCUGCUCCUUCCUCUUCCCUCUAUCUUAUGUUUGAGGUCAACUAUUUAGAAUGUGCAGAGAGAAAAACCAAAACAAGGUUCACUUUAUGAUGUUCUGUGCUUUAGAAAUCCGAUGGCUCCACAAAAGUGAGGCGUGACACUUAAGAAUACUGUCAGUUGAUUCUCUUGCUAUCUUUUCAUCUUGGUGGUGGUUUAGGAAAGCUUCUGUGUAGUGUUAAUAAAUUGCUCAACCUUCUGCCUCUUGCACUAAUGAAUUACCACCAUGUUAGCUUUUCUGUUUGACCUCUUAAAUAUGUGACAGUCAUAAUGGUGACUCUUUAUGAAAGAUGCUGAAAGCUUUAGCGCCAUAGGGUCAGCGUGUUUUUAGUUUGCUUUGCACGUCUCAAGUUUCUCAGGUAGGAAAAAAAGUGACCUCUGGGUGCUGAUGGAAAAACCAGAAUGUAUUUGCAGCACCUUUCUUAUGGCUAUUUCUAAUAAAUUGUUAACUCGAUGUCUUACAAAGGUUCACGUCAGUAAAAAGAAUGAAUAAGUUUACCAGUUAUAAAAAUCCCAUGAAUUGUCAAUCAACAAGUGCUUUGUACAUAGUAAGUUCUUGAGUUUUUCCCCAUUCUUUUAAGGAUUUAUUAAAUAUCCCCUUCUUUUGUGCUGAGGCACCCGAAGCUUUAGGUCUGUCACUUUAUCCUUUCGACCCAUGGUGGAGGAACUCCACAAUCCUGAAAUAGCCAAAGGACUUGGUCGGUGAGGAAGGAGCAAAUUUGCAUAAGUAGAAAUGGCCUACUUGGCCGAGGAAGUAUACCUACCUGUCUUAGGCCUUGCAUAAUCUUGGCCAUUACAGAUUUGCUUACAUGUGUUCCUUAACCUGAGGUCUAUGAUUUCCAAGCCCUUCCGACCACGGUGCUGUCAGAAAAGGGUGUUGAUCAGCCAAUCGGGUUUUGAGCUUGGAAGAGGUCUCAGAGGCCAAUGAAUCCAACCCUCUCGUUUUUUUCAAUGGGGAAACCGAGGCUCAGAGAGAAAUGACGUGCCCAGAGCCACAGCUAGUGAAAUUCCUCUAAGGGAUUUGGACCCAGAUUUAUCCUGACUUCAAGUCCAGCCUCUUUCCAUUCCAUCAUACCUUCCCCCCAAUGGAGCAAGUGAAAUUGUAAAAGUUAACUUCUGGUUGAUAAUAGCGUUAUGAAACACGUUCACAUGUGUUCCUGCUGGUUCCCUGUGAAGUAGUAGAACUGUAUUAAAUCUUCUGUUAAAGAAUCCUAGGUUGGGGAACUUGUAAGGGACAUUGACCCUACUGUCACAAUAUUUUUGGGCUUCAUAUGGACAUUUGUUUUGCUUGACUAUGCAUAUUUGUUACAGGAAUUUUUUGUUAUUCUUUGGUUGGGGUGGGAGGGGAAGGAGAUAACAUUGCUUGUUAAUUGAAAAAAAAAUAAAAUAUAAUAAAAAAAAAACCAUAUUAGCACGUUU